CGCGUUGCGCGCUAUAUAUGUAUGUCACCGUGGUGGUGUGCUCGUCGCUCUCGGAUAACUCCGUAUACCCGCGAGCUGGCCCUUUAAAUAUUGAUAGAGCGCCGCCGACGCCGACGUUUCCGCGCGGCCGGGAUCCGGGAUGACGCGCGAGUGAGGGCCGGGAACCGGGGAGGACUCCCGAAUCGUGGCGCGCGACGCCCCGGAACGGAACGGCAGCUAGAAUGCGCGGCCGCCCUCGCCGCAGCACGUACGUGUCGCAAGUGAGCCGAGCUCGCGAUGGACGCGGCCAUGUUUCCUGCUAGCAGAAAUCCUGUCCGUUAGUGACUCGCGCUGAUCGUGUGUGCCACCGGAAGAGCGGGAGCGUGCAGAAUGCCGAAAUGCGAUGUGAAGACGAGGUAUCUGCCAGCUACGUUCGCGUGGACGGUCCUACUCGUCACCACGGCGCUCUUCUUCAUCUUCCCAUGCUCGAAUUACUAUGUCUCUCACUUGGGCUUGUGGGUACCGGCUCUGCAAGGAGUCAUCACCUUCUUCGUAGUGAUCAACUUCUCCCUGGCGACGUUUAUGGAUCCCGGUGUUAUACCAAAAGCGCCUCCUGACGAAGACCGGGAGGAUGACUUCCGUGCUCCGUUGUACAAGAGCGUGGAGAUCAACGGCAUCACCGUGCGCAUGAAGUGGUGCGUCACCUGCAAGUUUUAUCGACCUCCACGUUGCUCACAUUGCAGUGUCUGCAAUCAUUGUAUCGAGACAUUCGACCAUCACUGCCCGUGGGUAAAUAACUGCAUUGGUAGGAGGAACUACAGAUACUUCUUCUUUUUUCUUCUGUCGCUCAGUUGUCAUAUGACCAGUAUAUUUGGGUUCUGUCUAUAUUACUUACUGGAGCAUAAAGAGCAGUUGAGCGAAGUUAAUACCAUUGUUGCUCUCAUCCUCAUGGGAGUGGUAAUGCUCUUAUUCAUUCCAAUCUUUGGACUGACCGGCUUUCACGUAGUCCUCGUAUCCAGAGGACGUACCACGAACGAACAGGUAACAGGCAAAUUUAACGGAGGCUACAAUCCUUUUUCUCGUGGUUGUCUGCGCAACUGCUGUUACACACAAUUCGGACCACAAUACCCAAGGUAUUGCAAGGAGCCAAGCUUACUUAAGCCUGAUAAGUAUUCAGGGAAGCGACGUGGAGCGUGUGCGUCAGAGAUAUCUACUAUAGGCAGUGAGAACCAGGUAAAGACCUACAUGGAUAGCAGCAAUGGUGUUAGAAAUGCCAGUUCAAAUGCUUACAAUAAGUUAUCUCCUGGACGAGAUGGAUCGGAUACAGACAUGGAACCGACGGCGUCUCAGUCUGCGGACUGCGAACCUACGCCACCGUUGCAAAGACACGGUUCCAAAAGCAAUUUCUUCCUGCCACCUGUGGAGAACAACGAAUCUCCCAGGCAUCCUCCGCCGUCGCAGCUUCGCCAUCCAAUACAUUAUCCUAGAGGCAGUCCACAUCCAAGGCCGAGAGGGAUGAACGGAUCUCGAAGUCACACUCCCGACCCGUUAUCGCCGGAGACGAGUGGUUCGCCCGCCACGAUUCCUCAGCGUCAGGGUGGCGCCAGCCCGACGAUGCAACAACGUAUCAAAGCUAUUGGAGUACCUACUCCGCUUGCCAUAUCCAGCCCUAUACGAAGAUCAAACCCGGGUACACCGACGCAGGUUCGUCGGCCAGAUUUCAUAGGUGUGAACGAAGCGCCGACGUAUUACGAUAUACAGCAGGGAAACAAUACGGGAGUCGGCGUUCCCGGUACCGUCAUUACUGGCUACAGCCCGCAGCGGCGUUUCCUGUCGGAGAGCGAGCUCGUGCGACAGGGCACCGAUCAUCCAUAUUCGAGAACCAACAACACGGUCGACAACAUACGCGAACUGGCAGGUUCGCCGCAGCGCGGUGUUUACAUGUGGAAGGACAACUCACCCGGCAGCUAUCCAGGUCCACCCCCUGGUGGAGCGGUGAGCGGGGCGCCGCAUCAAUCGCCCUCCCAUCGACCGCCCCCGCCGUACGACUACUAUCGCUCCAAUCCCACGAGUCCAACUCAACAGUCGCAAUACACGACGAACGCUCCUAGGGCGGCGUAUCAUCCAGCCAUGAGGGGUGGAGUGCCCGUCUUCCCGCCGCAUCAACCGCACCAGUCGCCGCAGGUCAAACGGAAAGCGACCACGAUGGCAACACCGACCACACCGACCUCGGGAGACGCCCGGCGUCGACCGAUGUCCUUUGUCAGAGCCUUGGAGAUGACCGACUCUAUGGAGAUGGUUUCGGCGCCCAACGAUCCGAGGUCACAGAGACCGACCACACCGACACCGGACCGCGCGAGCGUAUACGAUAUGAACUAUGAAAUAUCCGUAUAGCCCACCUUUCCGGUCUCCGCACCAUCCUGCGGCUGGACGGAGAUUCUACGAGAGCCGCCGAGUAGUCUGCACGUCUUACGUUCCAACGAGGAAAGGAUGUAUGCCGUUUACGAGAUAUCCGUCUGAAUUCUUCCGCGAUCGAUGCAGUUACGCGCGUUUAACACUGCACGUGGGCAGUAAACGUAAACCGCGGCUGGUUCUUCAGUUUCGUUUAUCGCCAUGGGAUUAUUCUUACGAAUACACGAGCAUUGAACUUGCCACAGUAAUCAGGAUACAUAUUGGACUUGCCACAGCAAUCAGGAUACACGCAGUGUGCGUACCUGAGAAAUCGCCAUCAGUGAUGUGUGUGCGCUCGCGCGCGAGAAUCAUAUCGCGAUUGACAGUACAUAGCAUUCAUUCUCGGCGAGGAGGUCGGUCCGUCGACGCAUUUAAUACGUUGUGAAUUUACACGAAGCAGUAAAUGCACAACGAAUCUUUAUUUCUCUAAUUCUUCCUUCGGCAGUGGAAUCUUACGGUACGACAGUAUAGAACUUGCAUUUUACAAGAUGUAUCAACGGCACACGAAUGUCCUGUCGUAUUAGUAAUAUCAUUUAGUCGUUGUUAAUGAAAAAUAGAUUCCAUGUGCGUAGCAGCAAAGCAUGUUCGUUACGUCGAGAAUUAACAGCGUUCGGUCCGACUGACGAUCCGAAUUAAUGAGUCACGGAGGCGUCAACGAAAGUAUAUCCCGAGCGCACAGAGGUUGACCUUUAUUGGAACCAUCGCCGAUAAUCGGUCCUCUCGCUUGACAGAAGCAAUUAUAUUUUUUAGUACACGUUUAAGGUCAGUUUAGAUUUUUAUACAAUGACACCGUGACUCAUCCUCCUAUAGAAUACAAUGUUAAUCCAACGUCAUCCUUUUCUUUCUCUCUUUUUUUUUCUUGUUCAUAUCUCAAUUGCCGAUAAGGUGCAUGAUUUGAUAAAUGAGAAAAAUACUAGGGAUUACUUGAUUACAUCCUUAUUAACUCUUCGGAUACCAGAGAAGUCCAUUGUGAAAAUGAAAAAAAAAAAGGAGUUUACUUAACCAACUUAAGUCAUUAUCGGGAUAGAAUAACAAAUCUGUGUAAAAUAAUCGUGGAAUAUGUAGCAAAUUUUUAAUAUACAUAUUUAACAAUAUUUAUACGUAAAUGAUAAAAAAAAUAUAAGACUUUAUAAUUUGACUUGUUUGUUAUAAAUGAUGAUUUUAUCGAUGUGCCCACUAACAUAUUUUAUUUCUAUAUAAAAGGUUCGCGCGCAGAAGAGAAUGUGAAAGAGAAAAAGGUAUGAGUGUAUAAAAAAUUAACGUGCGAAUGAGAAGAAUGCAUUUUCAGAAGAGUGGAAAGUACAGUUCUAGUUUUCUCAAUUGUAUACAGGGAUGGCUGUUCAUAAUAUAUACGCAGACGUAAAAAAAUAAAAACUAUUUUGAUUUUGUUAAAAAAAAAAAGAAGAGAAUUGUAAUAUACGCAUUGCAUAAAUCCAUUGCUGCAUCCAUCGCUGCUGUUAAAUUUGUGAUAUACAUCCCGCUUUUGAAAUUGCAUGAUAGUUUCUCUGUGGUGUAUGUGUAUAGGAAGCCAAUAAUUAUCGGCUAUAAUUACAUUGCUAACAGACUGCAACGCGAUAUUAAUUGAAUUUUGCGUACGCACUCGAUUCACGACUGGAAUCGACUUAGUGUUACACGACACAUAUCAUUUUGACGUCAAACAUCGAAUAUUUUUUAGAUUGAAACAAAAAUUUAUGCAUUUGGUAUAACGACUGCUUGACUACAGACACAAAUGUUAUAUAACGAGGAUUAUAAGCAUUUCUUCCGUGUCUCUUGAUAAGCUACAUUUAGGUUUCGUUUUAACAGAUUCAUUUUUUGUUUCUAUUAAGAUAUAACAAACUGUGCCAAAAAUUUCCCCGUACUAUUCAAUCGUGUAGUCUUGCUUAAAAUAGCAUUUAAUGAGACAACGGUACAACGUUACGAAUUGACUAAGGUAAUAAUGCGUAAGGUAUGGCGAGUGUUAAGUGUUUAUAAUUCGGUGUAUUUGUACAUAAAUAUUGCUCGUUACUUCUAUCACUUAAAUGUACAUACAUAUAUCAUUCGGUACUUACGUAUCGUCGCAGCAAUCUACAGAAUAAAAAUCAUGAAACAUAGUAAAUUAUACUGUGUUGUAUCGUGGUAAUAUUUUUUGA